AGCGGGAGACCGCGGGCGGGCGGCGGCCGGCGAGGAUGCGCGGAGGGGAGGCGGCUCUCCUCGUUGCCGUAACAAAGAAGCGGAGAAAAAAGUAACGGUUUUGCGUGCGCGCUUUGCCUCUCGUAGACCGAGGGAAUAGCCGGCGAUAUUCUGAAAUCAGAAGGACUUUGCGUGCGGCGCGGGGAUGCGCGGCAGGAAAUUAACUCCGACGGGAAUGGUUUCUCUCAAAGUGCCGCGACAGGAUUGGAGGAAAUGUUUCUUUUCUGGCAGCUGAAAUCCCUCCUGCGGACGCGGCGACGGCUGCCGAACGCACCGGGGACUUUUGCGGAGACUUAAAGCAGAUGCCGGCGUUCGUACCGGAAUGACCUUGGGAUCGCUGUGUGUGGAUCCCUCGCUUCCCCCCGCCGAGCUCCAGAACUCUCGGAUAAAGGCGGUUCUGGCAUUUCUGGGGCUUUUCGGAAUCCACGAGUGUGUACAAUUAAUUACCUGCCUAACGAUUCCGGAACGAAUCGAGCGUUUACUUAAAACUGAACCCAGAAGAUGCUUUCUGUUAACGUUUGCUUUCUCCCCAGCUGCGAAUGCAGUGAGCAAGGUAACGUCCUGCAAUUAGAAGAACGAUUAUUUUAAGCUUCUAUUUAUCACCUAUAAAACGUAGGAGCCCUAAAACCACGUAGAAGAUGAAGCAAAACAGCAGGAUAACGGAGUAGUAAACAAUGGCAGCUUUUCUGGUCAAAUCAGCAUUUCGUUAGCAUGGCAGCAGAAUGCAGAUGGAAGUUUCUGUCCCUGUGGUGUGGGGGUUUGUGAAAUGAUUCAGGUGUUGCUACAGAGGUGAGCGCUGCCAUGGCUGGACCCGUGAACUCCCGAGCACCGGGCUCUGCUACGGCAGAGCUUCCAAUGAUGAUGGUUUUAAAUUGCCGUUGCUGAAAUAGAAUUCAAGAGGAUUUAUUUUGUCUUGUGGGGACCUCGAGGUAUGCUUCUGGCAUUGAUAAUUGUAACAGACGAUAACUGCUUAAAAGGAUUGUGAAUACUGACAGAAGUCUCCAAAUUCUAUUCUGAAAGCAUUUUGAUCUUUAAAUGAAUAGACGCAAUCUUCCUCGUUGUAUGUGAGAUGUAUGCUUGCUUCCUGGGCAGUCAGAGGACAAACCUGCCUUGUCCCCCGCCCGCCUCCCUCCAAAUAAAAUUCAUUAUUCAUACCCAAACGGUGGUGAGUCUGUUGGAAUUAACCUUGGCAAAAGUGUUUUCCUUACCUUCCUAACAAUUAGUGUGGAUAAGACGGAGUGCCAUCUCCCAGACAGAGCCAGAAAAGGCAGCGUUAGGUGAUGAACUUUUUCCUUUACUCUCAAGUCACUCUGCUUUAAACUGAAGACGUUAAAAGAUGACCUCUAGCACCUGCUGGUCCAGGAACCCUGAGCUGUGCCGAGGUUCCUCCCUCCCUCCCUCCUCUCACCCCGCUGUGUUCCAAAGUCAAUGACUUUCUCAGGAAAAUAAAAGUCAGAUAUUCCCCCUCCCCCUCCCCACCCUGGGGAAUGAAGAUGGCUCUUCAGUUUUUGUUUCCCUAAUUCAUGAUACCUGCUUGCUUUAGAAGUGCCUUGUGUUUGCUAAGGAUUGUUCAAGAGCACUGGAGCAGCUGAUCAGUGGCCUUUCUCUUUCUGGCUUUUUUUGUUUUGUUUUGUUUUUCCUUCUUUCUUUUUCUUUCUUUCUUUCCUUAAAGCUAAGGUGUGCCAGAGGUGAUGCGCUGAUGCUGAGGAGCAUCAACAGCUGUGGGACAGUAGAACCCUCCCAACUGUAAGCACUGGCAGCAGGAGAGACCGUGGGACACUGGAGCAGUCUGGCUGCCGCUGAGCGGGUCGCCUGCCCGCUGCCUGCAGUCCCAGUGAUCCCACCACAAAACAUGAACCGGUCGCGAUGGGUUGAAUGGAGGACUCUGAAUAUGAGCGGUAGCCUGGUGAACCUGUCUGAGCACCUCUCCUGCCCUCUGGGAUUUGGUCACUACAACGCAGUCGACAUCUGUAUCCUUGAGACAGUUGUUAUCGUCCUGCUCACCUUCCUGAUCAUUGCGGGUAACCUGACUGUUAUCUUCGUUUUCCACUGCGCCCCACUCCUGCACCAUUACACCACCAGCUAUUUCAUUCAGACCAUGGCCUACGCCGACCUCUUUGUUGGAGUUAGCUGCUUGGUCCCCACGCUGUCCCUGCUCCACUAUUCAACAGGCGUCCACGAGUCCCUGACAUGCCAAGUUUUCGGAUACAUCAUCUCCGUGUUAAAAAGCGUGUCUAUGGCAUGUCUGGCUUGCAUCAGCGUGGAUCGCUAUCUGGCUAUAACAAAGCCUCUCUCCUAUAACCAACUGGUCACACCUUGUCGCUUGAGAAUCUGCAUCAUUUUGAUCUGGAUAUACUCUUGCCUCAUCUUCUUGCCUUCCUUUUUCGGCUGGGGAAAACCUGGUUACCACGGAGAUAUUUUUGAGUGGUGUGCUACCUCCUGGCUAACUAAUGCCUACUUCACUGGCUUUAUCGUCUGCUUACUGUACGCUCCUGCUGCCUUUGUCAUCUGUUUCACGUACUUCCACAUCUUCAAGAUCUGCCGGCAGCACACCAAAGAGAUCAACGAUCGGAGGGCUCGGUUUCCCAGCCAUGAAGUGGACGCUGCUGGGGAGACGGGGCACAGCCCUGACCGCCGCUAUGCCAUGGUGUUGUUUCGGAUCACCAGCGUGUUCUACAUGCUGUGGCUCCCCUAUAUCAUAUACUUCCUGCUGGAGAGCUCUAGGGUGUUGGAGAACCCCGCGCUUUCCUUCUUAACAACGUGGCUUGCUAUAAGCAAUAGUUUCUGCAACUGUGUGAUCUAUAGCCUCUCCAACAGUGUUUUCAGGCUGGGACUACGGAGGCUGUCAGAGACCAUGUGUUCAUCUUGCACGUGUUUAAAGGACAGGGAUGUACAGGACCCUAAGCCAAGGAAACGGGCUAAUUCCUGCUCCAUUUAAAGAACA